AUGGAAAACUCUUAUUAUAUCCUGUCAGACGCGGAAGGCAAGCAGAAGCUAGUAAUCUCCGGGGAGCACGUGAGGAUCGACGAGGCGCCGUACUACGCGGGCGGUGAAAGGUUUAAAGAGUGGAGAAUGCCGAGGAGAACAUCAAAAUCCACCGAGUUAAACGCAUUGCUAAAAUCAAGAAGUAUGAGUACAGUCAGAUUCUUGUUGUCCAUAGCAAUACGAAUGUCCUCGGUGACCUUGAGAAGUGCGGUGGUGGUGCUGUGCAUUGGACGAAAACCAGACUGCCGCAUAGAUAUCAAAUACGUGUGGGUGGGUGGAGAAAGCUUCACCGACAGUCUGCGGGUUCCGUAUACUAAAGUGAUCAUCUUCGAGGAGUAUACAGAUCUGUUCUCAAGCAUCCCAGUACACGAUAUUGCACUUCUGAAGCUUCGCAAACGGUUGCGGUUCACGAAGAAGAUACAACCGAUCAAGCUACCGAUGACAGGAACUUUACAAAACAAACAACUAAUGGUCGUUGGUAGAGGAAUAGACGAGACUGGAAGAGUAUCGAAAUAUUUAAAGAAAGCUGACGUCAUAGCUGUGUCGAAUGAGGAAUGCGUCAGUAGCUUACCCAAGGAAUACCAUUUCUUAUUAAAAUCGUAUCUGAAGUUGUUAGAUGUGACGAACGUUUGCGCCAAGAGCCCAAAUAACAAAUCCUCAGUGUGUCAUGGAGACUCUGGCAGUCCGCUGGUGAGCGGUGACACGCUCGUAGGUUUGGUGUCGUUUGGACACGACGACUGCCGCGUGUCGCGACCAGCCUUCUACGUCAAUGUCGCCACCUACGUGCCGUGGAUUAGAUUACACACUGGCUUAUGA